GUGUUGACAAUGGUACGGUCGCACGCGGCUGUCAAAUUGAACCAGCCCAACUUGAGUUCAAGGGCAGUUGUUGAAAAGGCUCAGAAAAAAUCCACUUCUGUCUCGGUAACAUCGUCACCAACAUGCUCUGCAGAGUUGCUCAGAUCCGCAGGUGCGCUGCUAGUUUGAGUCAAGCCGUGCAGCAGGCGCACAGACAGAAGCACACGCUUCCUGACCUGACGUACGACUAUGGCGCCCUGGAGCCACACAUCAACGCGGAGAUCAUGCAGCUGCACCACAGCAAGCAUCACGCCACCUACGUCAACAACCUCAACGUGACGGAGGAGAAGUAUAAGGAGGCGCUUGCAAAAGGAGACGUGACUGUGCAGGUCGCCCUUCAGCCUGCUCUUAAGUUCAAUGGAGGAGGUCAUAUUAACCACACCAUCUUCUGGACUAACCUCUCUCCCAACGCUGGCGGAGAGCCACAAGGGGAGCUCAUGGAGGCCAUCAAGCGGGACUUUGGCUCCUUCCAGAGCAUGAAGGAAAGGAUGUCUGCCGCCGCGGUGGCAGUCCAAGGCUCAGGCUGGUCCUGGCUGGGCUACGACAAACAAGGCGGAAGACUUUGCAUCGCAGCUUGCGCCAACCAGGAUCCUCUGCAAGGGACCACAGGCCUAAUCCCUCUCCUGGGCAUCGACGUCUGGGAGCACGCCUACUACCUGCAGUACAAAAACGUCCGGCCUGACUACGUGAAGGCCAUCUGGAACGUCAUCAACUGGGAGAAUGUGAGCGAGCGUCUCCAGACUGCAAAGAAAUAAAGACUAGUCCAUCCUUUAGGUGGCUGGGGAAAUAAAGUUUGUACAAUUUGGUAUCAUGAACACCUUGCACGGACUUCAAUUGCAAAUCCAUUACCACAGGUCCUCUUCCUGUUGAUAAAGCGCACAAAAAGUGACUUCAUGUCAAAAACUGACGGUUUAACUGAAUCUUAGUGGCUCUACAUGGAGUGAUGCAAUCAUAACAUGUUGGAAUCCGCCUCGGUAAAACCAGUUCAUGUAAUUCUUUUAGUUUUUUUGGAUGUCUAAUAAAAUCAUGAGGUGAAUGGA